AUGCCGGUCCUCGCGCGGCUGAUCGCCCUCCUGAUCGGAUUCUCUUCGGCCGAGAAGAUUUUUCACCGCCGCGAUCACUCGGAUGUAGUUCCGCCCUCCUCCCGCCAGGCGACGCUCAUCACCGACACAGACACAGCCGAGCAAUUUCUCUUCAAGUAUGGAUUCAUUAAGGCAGUGAAGUGGGAGGAGCCUCCAGCCCAGAGUACUGACAUGCUUCUUGAUGCUGACACGGUCCUGGAGGACACUGACCCUUUCGUCCAGGAGGGGGCAUCCUUGUUUCGCUCAAGUUCCGGAGGUACCUCACAGUCACCUGACUUCAUCCAAGCCCUCCGAGAGUUCCAGCAGGUGUCCGGUUUAGCCGUCACGGGUCUUUUCGAUGACGCCACCAAAGUGGCCAUGAACAAACCCAGGUGUGGUGUCCCAGAUAAGGAAGAGGACCUGGUUGAGACCACGGAGGCUAGCUCCACUGCACAGGACCUGAAUGAGACCUCCACAUAUAAUGGCACCACUCCUGAGCUUUACAACCACACACCUAAACCAGCCACACGGAGAAAGCGCCACCUAGUGGAGCUGGUGCGUAAGAGCAGGCAGAAAAGAGAGGCCGGUGAGUGGGGCCACAUGGCGUUCUCUAAGAGCGUCCUCAGAUGGAGGCUCAUUGGUGAGGGCUACAGCAGCCAGCUCUCCGUCGAUGACCAGAGGUACAUCUUCAGACUGGCCUUCAGGAUGUGGAGCGAAGUCUCCCCUCUGGAGUUUGUCGAGGAUUUGCACUCACCGCUGGAGGAGAUCGACAUCAGACUGGGCUUCGGAACAGGACGACACCUUGGCUGCGCUCAGCGGUUUGAUGGCGCUGGAAGGGAGUUUGCUCAUGCGUGGUUCCUCGGUGACAUCCAUUUCGAUGAUGAUGAACAUUUCACGGCCCCUAACACAGGCAACGGGAUCAGCUUACUCAAGGUAGCUGUGCAUGAAAUUGGACACGUCCUUGGCCUGCCUCACAUUUACCGUGCGGGAUCCAUCAUGCAGCCCAGCUAUCUGCCGCAGGACGCUGGCUUCGAACUCAACUGGCUCGACAGGAAGGCUAUCCAGAACCUUUAUGGAGGCUGUAAGGGCCGGUUCAGCACUGUGUUUGAUUGGAUCAGAAAGGAGAAGACCCAGUACGGUGAAGUUGUGGUGCGUUUUAACACCUACUUCAUGCGGGACGGCUGGUACUGGCUGUACGAGAACCGGAAUAACAGAACCCGGUACGGAGAUCCGGUUUCAGUGCCGGUCGGAUGGCACGGAAUUCCUGCGGCUGGCGUGGACGCGUACGUUCAUGUGUGGACGCGCAAGACAGAUGCGGCGUAUUUCUUUAGAGGUACGCAGUAUUGGAGGUACGACAGUGAGAGCGAUCAGGUCUUCUCUCGGGACGCUGAUGGGCAGCGCUAUCCUCGUCUCAUCUCAGAAGGCUUCCCUGGAGUCCCCAGCCCCGUCGACACGGCCUACUACGACAGGAGAGACGCACACAUCUACUUCUUCAGAGGCUCGAUGGUUUAUAGGUUUGAUGUCAGAGCUAACCGGCUAGCCGCCGGCUCUCCCAAGAAGAUGACCGAGCUGUUUCCCGCUGUCGCCGCAGGUGACCAUCCUGUGGCUAAACUGGACGCAGCUUACUUCUCAUAUACUCACAAUGCACUCUUCCUGCUGAAGGGCACCUCCUACUGGCGGGUGGUGGGGAGCAGGGAGCGCAGGCUGAAGGCAUGGCUGCCCUACAACGGCCUUCUGCCCCGAAGAGAGGUGGACCAGCAGUGGUUCGACAUCUGUGACGUCCACGUCAGCUCUCUGAAGACCUCACGCAGGUGACGGGGGGUUUAUGAUGGUAACGGCUGGACAGCACAGUGGAUAACCAUCACCCUGCACUUAGAUGAUUCACCUGUUAAUGCAAGUCGCCCUGGAUAAGAGCAUCUGCUAACUGCACAGUGGAGUAAACAUGAGCACAGAUGUUUGGAUCAUAGACAGCGAUUGAGCUGAAUCAUUUAUAUAGCGAUGCUAAGAUUACUUUUCUACGCACAUCCAAGAGCAGACCGAUUUACUCUGUUACUCCUGUCUUGGAAUCAUGUUUGGCUGUGCUGCCCCUAAAGACACUAAAGGACAUUUUCUCUAACUUGGAUUCAGCCUAUCUUUGGACCAAACUGGAAUUCCAGUGGUGUUUAACCAUUUAAUACAUGUACAUUUCUACUCAUACAGUCAUAAAGUUCGGUCAGAUACAGAUA